AUGGACGGUGUGUUGGAGUAUAGUUUUGGUCAUCCGAAAUAUCAUCUCAUUUAUAAUCACAAAAGUAGGAAUAAAUUUGGAUCUCAUCGCGCAUACCGGAUACAGAAUGAUGCUAUGAGUAAAUUCAUGCUUCAUAAUAGUAAUUUCGGACGAGCAGCCGGAUGGGCCAGAUACCAAAUGGCUGUCACUAAAUACCAGGAUAUGGAGGACGUCAGCUCGUCAAUCUAUGCUCAAAACGAUCCUUUCGAUCCUGUUUUAGAUUUCCAUAGAUUUUUAGAAAAUAAUGACGAUUUAGUGGACGAGGAUCUGGUGUUGUGGUUAACAACCGGAAGUUAUCAUAUACCACAUUCUGAAGAUACUCCCUCAGUGUCGACCUCGGCCAACCAAUACACUGUAGUUUUCUCCCCUUACAAUUUCUUCCCUACUUGCCCAACAGUUAGCUUCAGUGAAACAUUACACAUAAAACGCAAUAAAAACAGCGAUUCGCUCGACGUACAAACAUUCGGUACUGAAGUAGAAUCAAAGUGCUUUCAAAAGGAAACCACGUAUGAAGAGUUUAAUGGAUCUACACCACCAGUUUAAAGUCUGUGAUAUCGCUAAUUGUUUGGUGCAUAAAACUUGCUUUGUUAGAAAUGUUUCAAUGUGAACGGUCGCUGGUGCAUAAUGUGCUUUCAUUUUCAGUUUUCUUGCUAUUCGGUGUAUAGACAUUAUGAUCGAUGUCGAAAAGGCCAAUGUGCUAAGGUGUGCUGAAGCAUGAUGUUGCCUUGGUCAUGGUUCUAUCAAUACCAUGAACUUUUAACUCUCUAUUGACGGUUAAAUUUAUGUUCACUUAACAGUGCUGAUUCGUUCAAAAAACGACAUGAAAAGAUGUUUUUUUAAGUUUUCUUAUAAUAAAGUCGCAAAGUUUCAUUAGCCUAUUUUCUAGUAAUGAUAAAAUUCUCGUCUAUUUUGUUUUUUUAUAAUGGGUGGUUUAUUUUGAAGAUUUUAAUUGCAAUAUUUGUCCUUUAUCCUAAUAUCUUGCCAGACCUGUUAAGUGUGCUAUAUUAUUAUGUUUGUAUGAUAUAUUUGCAACCUCAUAACCAAUUUGUAUAUACCGAUUAAAGCGCUCAAAUCAUGA